CUCUUGUACAAUUUCUCAUUGAAAAUUGCCUUAAAAUAUUUGGAGAAGACAUCACUUCCCUCUUGGGAGAGAACUCAAUGAGUCCUGGUAACAGCGAGCAGGCUGCAGACUCCAGCCUGAAGACUGUGAAAACCCGUUCUUUCAGAGAUAGGGCGUUUUGUCGGGGUUCCAGCACUUCCCAGCACAACCAGUGCACAGCCCCACCUUCCGCAAAGCCAGGACAGCUCUUUGGAGUUCCCCUCAUGGAUGUGUGUGAUAAAGACAACUUCUCCUUCCCAAUUCUGGAUUUUCUUAGAAAUAUACACGGAAGUAUAUUUUUAUCUGAUCUCUAUGACAAAUGGCUCGGUGUUAUUGAUCAAGGCAACGAAGAGGAGAAGAUAACUGCAGCCCAGAGGCUUUUACCCCAGCUGCCAAGAGCAAAUGUCAUUGUCUUGCGAUACCUUUUUGGAGUGCUAUACAACAUUGAGCAACAUUCCUCAUCCAAUCAGAUGACAGCUUAUAAUUUAUCCGUUUGUAUAGCCCCAAGCGUUCUUUACCCACCUGAUUCCGGCAGCUUGGAAUUGGAAGACAACUUGAUAAAAAAGAUUGCUCUUGUACAAUUUCUCCUUGAAAAUUGCCUCAGGAUAUUUGGCGAAGACAUCACUUCCUUCUUGGGAGAGAAGUCAAUGAGUCGUGACUCCGGCCAGAAAACUGUGAAAAGCUGUUCCUUCAGAGACAGGGCCUUUUGGUGGGGCUCCAGCACUUGCCAGCAAAACCAGUGCACAGCCCCACAUUCUGCAAAGCCAGGAGAGCUCUUUGGAGUUUGCCUCAUGGUUGUGUGUUAUAAAGACAACCUGGCCUUCCCAAUUCUGGACUUUCUAAGAAACAUCCCAGGAAGUGUAUUUUUAUCUGAUCUCUAUGACAAAUGGCUCGGUGUUAUUGAUCAAGGCAACAAAGAGGAGAUGAUAACUGCAGCUCGGAGGUAACGAUGCAAUAAUUACUCUACUCUGGUCACAUCUCCAAAAUACACCCAACAUACUAUCAGGAAAACAUUGGCUUACGUUUUCCAGCUUUGCCCACUAUAAUCAUGACCAACACCAAAGAAUUUCGAGUCUUCACACCCAUGGGGCCCAGCUUCAGAAUAGAGGCACACUUUAGGGCUGUUAUUGUUCUUCUCCUGAUCUUAUUAAUGUGGACUCCUUGGCCGUUUUACACCUUCUGGAUCCUUGAAACUGGUAGACAAAAUUCCCUGGUCCGAGACAGAUCAAGAGCAACAACUGCCAGGGCUAUGACCUUAAAAGUCUGUCAGACAUUUAACUAACCAGAGAAGUGUUUAUCUGGCUCAGGAACUGAAUUCAGUGCAACAAUUUUGUCUACAUUCAUGCAUGGAACUCUGCUACAGCGGGUGGUGUGCUAGAUAUACAAGGAUGUAUCCUGUUCCCUGUCUCUGUUUUUCCAACCUCCUAAGUGGAAUCACUUGCCUAAUUUAAAAGUGUGUUUUUUUGACUUUAGGCUUUUAGCCCAGCUGCCAAGAGCAAAUGUUGUUCUCUUGCGAUACCUUUUUGGAGUGCUAUACAACAUUGAGCAACAUUCCUCAUCCAAUCAGAUGAAACCUUAUAAUUUAUCCGUUUGUAUAGCCCCAAGCGUUCUUUACCCACCUGAUUCCGGCAGCUUGGAAUUGGAAGACAACUUGAUAAGAAAGGUAAUGAGAGCUCUCAUUUUUGUCCCCCAGGGGGUAGAAUCCCUACUUUGACCCGGACAUGUGCAGUAGUAACUCUGACAGAAGGAACUUUGUGAAGUGCACAUUUUCAUUAGGCCCCUGUGGAGUGGCAGAGUUCUUUAUG